GUAUUACUAUGUCUGAAGAAAAGAGUUACUCCCCAAAGCCAAAAGCUUAUUCUAUGUCUUGUUCUAAGUCAGAAAUAAUCGAUAAUCAAACAGAAGUAGUGCAUCGAGCUACAAAAAGUGAAAUGAUAUACCCAAAUAAAGAUUUAGAUGGAGGCAAAACAAAUAGCUAAUAAACGUAGACCUCAUCUGGAAACUAUUUAAAUAUAAUAAUAUUAGGGUUAGUUAUUUUAGGAUUGACUGCGGGUUUAGUGAUAGGAUAUAAAAUAAUGAAAUCAGGGAAUGUUUAGGAUGAGGAAUAAAUGAAUGUGUUUGUGAACAUUGUCUCGCAAUCAUUACUGAAUAAUCUUGAAUAACAGAAAUAUCUCAUCAUAGAUGAUUAGCUUAAAUAAUUGAAAAAAUUUUAUGAAAAACAAUUAACUAAUAUUCUCUGGCAGAAGGUAAGUGUAUAUAAUGUAAAAAAUAGAUUGUGAAGCAUAUUCAAUAAUAACCUAAUGUAAUUAUUAGUUAAGAUAAGAAAAAGUGGAUAUUGAAAGAGUGA